AUGACGGGAAGUCAUCAAAUUACAAAAGAGUAUAAUUUAUUUCAUUUUAUAGCAUUCGAAAGUCAGAAAUUUAAACAGACCCUAGUCCAUUCUUAUAUAUAACACAUAAAUUUCAAGGAAAAUGA